AUGAUAACCUUCAUCCUUUUAUAUUCUAAUAAUUAAAUCAAAUAGAAAAUAAUAACAUCUUACAAUUUAAGAGAAGAAGCCUCUUUCCUAAGGUUUAUAAGGAAAGACUCAAAAGAAAUAGUUAGAUUGCUGCUCUCAAAUUUAGUAGCAAAUGAUGAAAGUUAGAAAAUGAUUGAGAAAAUUUAAGAUAGGAAAAUGAAAUAUUAAAAAGAUUGAAUACAUGAAAAUAUCAUAUUAUUAUUAGAAACAUUUGAAACUGCAAGAGAAUUUUGUUUAGAAACAGAUGGUAAUCUUUUUUUAGAGAAUAUUAUUAAGUUUGGAUAGGUGUAUUAUUUGGCAUUUUUGAAAAUUAUUGCAAAAUAUCAGAGAACUAAUUUAGAAUCAUAGCUUAAUAAUUAUUUAGAGUAUUACAUUAUCUAAAUUCCAAUUAAAUAAUUUAUGAGACAUGAAACCAUAAAAUAUAUUAAUUUCUGCAGAUCUAAUAAUUAAAUUAAUUGAUUUUGGGUUUGCUAGAGCUAUGUCUUCAAAAAGUUAGUUAUUCAAUCAAAGGAAUUUCUUUAUAUGUGCACCAGAAUUAGUCUAAAAAUAAUCAUAAAUUUGAUUUAUGGUCUUUGGGAGUUAUGCUUUAUGAGCUAUUUGUUGAAUUACCUUCUUUUUGGGCUUUUCAAUUCUACUCUCUAAUCUAGAUUAUUAUCAUAGAUCCUAGAAAAUAUCCAAAAAAUAUGAGUUAAGAAUUUAUAAAUUUCUUAACAAGAUUACUAAAUCUGACACUAUCAUAUAGGUUGGGUAGAAUCCUAUUAGAUCACUUUUAUUCUAUAGAGAAUUGGUUGAACAUAAUUUGGCUCAUGAAAUUAAAAAGCUUACCAAAAAAGUUGAAUUAUCCAUAAAUUAACUACUUAAUUCAACCAAUAAAUGAUGAAAUAUUCAAUUUUCCAUGGUAGUAAGGUGAUUAUUCAAAAUAAUUGCAAAAUUUUAAGGAAGCCUUGCCUCUAUUGGAAUCUUUGCUAAUUUUAAUAAAGGAAUUAUAUCUAAAAUAAUAAAAGUAAGUAAGAUAUAGAAGUUAUUAUUAAAAAUCAAAUAUUAUUAUCUGA